CAAUAACGUGAACAUAAAAAUUUUCAAUUAAUAACAAUUCUUUUUUAGACUCUUAAAUUUCAAGUGAAAAUAUCAAUCUUCCAAAAUUUUCGUCUAUUUAACCAUUAAACAAAAAUUACAUAAAAAUGACACAACGCGAAUGUUUAUCGAUACACAUUGGUCAAGCCGGAGUGCAAAUAGGUAAUGCUUGCUGGGAACUGUACUGCCUCGAACAUGACUUACAACCGGAUGGUACACCCAGUAAAGAAGCUAACAACAAUGACCGUAGUAAUACUUUCUUUUACGAAACUAAUAAGGGCAAAAAGAAACCGAGAGCACUGAUAAUCGAUCUGGAGCCUACUGUAAUAGAUGAGAUCAGAACUGGCAAAUAUCGAGAACUUUAUCAUCCGGAGCAACUGAUUAACGGCAACGAAGACGCGGCAAAUAAUUACGCACGUGGAUACUAUUCGGUGGGACAGGAACUUAUCAAUGUGGUCACAGAUCAAAUCCAAUCAUCCGUUGAAAUGUGCCAAAAUCUCCAAGGCUUCCUCAUUUUUCAUUCAUUUGGAGGUGGUACCGGUUCUGGCUUCACAUCCCUCCUCAUGGAGAAAUUAGGGAACGAAUAUGGAAAAAAGAGCAAGCUAGAGUUCACCGUUUAUCCAGCGCCUCGGAUAUCGACUGCCGUGGUGGAGCCGUACAAUACCCUAUUGAGUGUACACGCGACAAUGAAUUAUUCGGAUUGCACUUUUAUGGUCGACAAUGAGGCGAUCUAUGAUAUUUGCUGCAAUAAACUGGGAAUAGAUCGACCUACCUACAUAAAUCUUAAUAGGCUCAUCAGUCAGGUGAUGUCCUCCAUAACAGCCUCCCUUCGCUUCGACGGUGUACUGAACGUUGAUCUAGCGGAGUUUCAGACAAAUCUUGUACCAUAUCCUAGGAUACAUUUUCCUUUGACCUCGAACGCACCCAUUAUAUCGGUGGAUCACCAAUCCUACCACGAAGACCUCUCAGUGGCGAAUAUUACCUCAAAGUGUUUCGAGACCGGAAAUCAGAUGAUCAAGUGCAACGUCAAGGACGGAAAAUAUAUGGCCUGCUGUCUACUUUAUCAAGGCGACGUCGUACCAAAAGAUAUUAAUUCAGCUAUCGCCAUGAUAAAAUCCAAAAGUAACAUACGAUUUGUUGAUUGGUGCCCGACAGGUUUUAAAAUUGGAAUCAAUCAUCAACCGCCGACUGUCGUACCUGAGGGAGACUUAUCAAAAGUAAAUCGAGCGGUCUCAAUGCUAUGCAACACAACAGCUAUAAAUGAGGCUUGGAAGAAACUCAACAAUAAAUUCGAUUUACUAUUCAAUAAACGUGCCUUCGUGCAUUGGUACAUCGGCGAGGGGAUGGAAGAGGACGAAUUCAUCGAGGGUCGCGAAGAUCUUGCGGCUCUCGAGUGUGACUACGUGGAAAUUUCAAUGGACUCUACGCCGGCGGAUAAUUCGGAAUAUUGAAAAUUGUAAAUUGUGUAAUAGAACAUUUCUUUCGCUAUGGUAAAAUGACUCUUUGCAGCUCGCAUAACUCGUAUAUAAAAAAA